GCAGGAGAUUGGCUGGGGCGCGCGGCGAGUCCGGGGCUGGAGCCCCGAGGUGGGAGGCGCCAAGAUCACUCGGUGCGCCCGGGAGCGGAGCGACGGCUGCCACCCACUUAGGCGAUCUCAGCGGCGGCAACAACUGCAAGGACACAUCGGUGCGGCGGGCGCACGCCGAGGCACGUGGGGGCGCCACGCAGCGAGCGUCGGGGCCUGCUCAGACAUGCGGGCGGCGGCGGGCGGCGUGCGGGCGGCCGCGCUGGCGCUGCUGCUGGGGGCGCUCGGGGCGCCGGCGCGCGGCGAGGAGUACGACUACUACGGCUGGCAGGCCGAGCCGCUGCACGGGCGCUCGUACUCCAAGCCGCCGCAGUGCCUCGACAUUCCCGCCGACCUGCCGCUCUGCCACACCGUGGGCUACAAGCGCAUGCGGCUGCCCAACCUGCUGGAGCACGAGAGCCUGGCCGAGGUCAAGCAGCAGGCGAGUAGCUGGCUGCCGCUGCUGGCCAAGCGCUGCCACUCGGACACGCAGGUCUUCCUCUGCUCGCUCUUCGCGCCCGUCUGCCUCGACCGGCCCAUCUACCCGUGCCGCUCGCUGUGCGAGGCCGUGCGCGCCGGCUGCGCGCCACUCAUGGAGGCCUACGGCUUCCCCUGGCCCGAGAUGCUGCACUGCCACAAGUUCCCCCUGGACAACGACCUCUGCAUUGCUGUGCAGUUCGGGCACCUGCCCGCCACCGCGCCUCCAGUGACCAAGAUCUGCGCCCAGUGUGAGAUGGAGCACAGUGCUGAUGGCCUCAUGGAGCAGAUGUGUUCCAGCGAUUUUGUGCUCAAGAUGCGCAUCAAGGAGAUCAAGAUAGAGAAUGGGGACCGGAAACUGAUUGGAGCCCAGAAAAAGAAGAAGUUGCUCAAGCCGGGUCCCCUGAAGCGCAAGGACACCAAGAGGCUGCUGCUGCACAUGAAGAACGGCGCCGGCUGCCCCUGCCCACAGCUGGACAGCCUGGCCGGCAGCUUCCUGGUCAUGGGCCGCAAAGUGGACGGACAGCUACUGCUCAUGGCCGUCUACCGCUGGGACAAGAAGAAUAAGGAGAUGAAGUUCGCAGUCAAAUUCAUGUUCUCCUACCCCUGCUCCCUUUACUACCCCUUCUUCUAUGGGGCUGCUGAACCCCACUGAAGGGUGCUCCUCCCCGCCCUACCCAGCCAGCUGUGCCUUGCCCUCUGUCUCUGCCCCUGGGGUGCACUCUCUCCUGCCAACCUGCCCCAACCCCUACACCCAGGCUGACCCAGCCCCUGCUGGAGAGUGGGUUCAUGCAGAGGUGUUACCUGCUCAGGCCCUGAGGGAUGGGCACGCAGCCUGGGCUGUCUCUGACUCAGAUUCUGGGGUCCUUGGGGGCUUUGUCUCUUAGGAGCAGGGCUUUCUCAUGUGGAGGGAAACCCCAGGGUCUCAGAAGGGAGCAGGGAGGGGCUCUGAGCGGCCUGAGAAGAUGGCUUCCAGAGCAGACCAUGGUGUCUGCUCCUCAGUUGCCGGUGGGACCUCGUCCUGGAUAUUAAGCUGAGCCUCUUGGGGGACAGCUCUCUGCCCCCUCACAUGUCCUUACUGUAGCCCCCCAAAGGAAGGGUGUUAGAGUCACAGUGCCCUCCAGCCACACGUCCUCAUCUCUGCCUGUUUCCCUUCCCACUGGACUGGAGAGAAACCCAGCCCAGGCCCCCUCCCGUAGGCUCACUUCCUGGAGUUCAUUCCUCAGCCUCUGCAUAUUCCUCUUAUUCUGAGGAUGAGUAAAUUAUUCCUACUUUGGGGGGGCGCCUAGGUACCAGACUGAUACAAGUAGGGUCUGGGGGGGGUUUCCCCUAAGUUUUUAAUUAAAUCAAAGGAAACAACCGUUGUUUCUGACCAGGUGAGUUCUUCGU